UUGGGCGGUACGAGGUGAACCCAUGAGAUAGCGCAGCAACCCCCCGUUACCCGGCUGUGGGGUCAGACAAGGCGGCCCGGACGCCCCGUCCGAGUCUGUCAGUGUGUACAGAGGGAAGUUAGUCAUUAACAGCGAGGGGCUGGUCGUGGAGAGUCUGCACAGGCGGUCCGCCAGCGCAGACUAGAGUCCGUCACCGAGCGGGUCGGGCACAACAUGCUGGGCGUCCGGUCUUGGCGAGUGUUUGGCGCGGUGCGCAGAGGAGUGCGGGUUACUCCGUGGGAGCGGAGAGCGGGCACCGGGGUGGACAUCAGCGGGCUGUAUCCGCCCAUUGCCACCCCGUUCAGCGCGACCGAGGAGGUGGACUAUCCCCGACUAGAGGAAAACCUGCAGAAGUACGCUCAGGUACCCUUCAAAGGCCUGGUGGUGCAGGGCUCUAAUGGCGAGUACCCCUUCCUGACGGAGGAGGAAAGGGUGGAGGUGGUGAGGAGAGUCAGAAAGUCCCUUCCUGCUGACAAGCUAGUCAUGGCUGGAUCAGGCUGUGAAUCCACCAGGGCCACAGUCCACAUGACGGAGAGGAUGGCGGGUGCUGGGGCGGACGCCGUUCUUGUCGUCACGCCCUGUUUCUACAAGGGCAAGAUGGACAGCCACGCUCUGAUCCAGCACUUCACCAAGGUGGCUGACAGCAGCCCGGUGCCUGUAGUUCUGUACAGUGUGCCAGCCAACACGGGGCUGGAGCUGCCUCUGGACGCGGUGGUCCACCUGGCCCAACACCCCAACAUCCUGGGGCUUAAAGACAGCGGAGGAGAUAUCACACGCAUCGGCCUGGUGGUUCACAAAACUAAGACGCUGGACUUCCAGGUGUUGGCGGGCUCUGCGGGGUUUCUUAUGGCGGCCUACUGUGUUGGUGCGGUGGGCGGGGUGUGUGCGCUGGCUAACGUGCUGGGCCGCCCGCUGUGUGAGCUGGAGCGUCUGUGUGUGUCCGGCCGCUGGGAGGAGGCCAGAGUCCUGCAGCAGCGCCUCAUCGAGCCAAACGCCGCCGUGACCAGGAAGUUGGGAGUGCCGGCCCUCAAGCAAGCGAUGGAGUGGUUUGGUUACCACGGCGGCACCUGUCGAUCACCUCUCCAGCCACUCACGGAGGCCGAGGCUCAGCAGCUGAGGCGGGACUUCUCCUCUAAUGGCUGGUUGUGAGGGAACUCAGGCAGGGUGUGUGUGUGUGUCUGUGUGUGUGUGUGUGUGUGUGUGUGUGUGUGUGUGUGCGUGUGUGUGUGUGUGCGUGUGUGUGUGAGACACAGCAUUUGUAUUUCUCCUUACUGAAGGUAGACGCCACAAGAGUGAAACAGUAUUCAGGUGGCUGUCCGCCCAGUCACCCAUAUGAUGUGUCAAGUGUGACAUGAGGCGUCUGCCCUGUUGAUGAUGAUGAUGAUGAUGAUGAUGAUGAUGAUGAUGUGGAAAAAAGGAAACUGCUGCAGCCUCCCAGUUCACCUGCAGAAACGAUUUGCACCUCUCAGUCAGGUUGAGUCUUUUCAAUCAGAACAUUUGAUUGUUAAAAAUUGAUCAGUUUAACUGUGAUUUUGUUUGCGUGUGCACGCUGUUGUUCAAGAAUGUGCAUGUGAGAAAGAGAGACAGAGAGACAGAGAGACAAAGAGAGAGCGAGAGAAAGAGAGGGGGAGAGAGAGAG